GCCACUUCUGAGAUAGAGAAGACUUCUGUGCACUUUGACUUACACAGAGUUCAGACAUGCCUUCAGUGGGACUGGAGAUACUUGGAGUGACUCUAGCUGUCCUGGGAUGGAUCCUAGCCAUUGUAUCCUGCGCCUUGCCCAUGUGGAGAGUGUCAGCUUUCAUUGGGAUGAACAUUGUCACAGCCCAGAUCACCUGGGAAGGCAUCUGGAUGAACUGCGUGGUCCAGAGCACAGGUCAGAUGCAGUGUAAAAUCCACGACUCAAUGUUGGCUCUAAGUGCAGAUCUUCAGGCUGCCCGUGCCCUCACCAUCAUUUCGAUUUUGGUGGGCAUUGUGGGACUCCUGGUGGCCAUGAUGGGGGCAAAAUGCACCAACUGUGUGGAGGAAGAGUUAUCCAAGGCUCGGGUGAUGAUAGCUGCUGGGGUGGCCUUCAUCCUAGCGUCUCUAACCCAGCUGAUUCCUGUGUCCUGGUCUGCCCAUACUAUUAUCAUGGAGUUCUACAAUCCAGUUAUACCCGAGUCACAGAAGAGGGAGAUUGGUGCAGCUCUGUACCUGGGCUGGGCUGCAGCCUCAUUUCUUCUCAUUGGAGGGGGUAUCCUUUGCUCCAGUUGCCCCCCGCAACCUGAGAAAAGGUACGGGCCUCCAUCAAAGAUAAUGUACGGCCAAACCAGGUCGACCGCCCCAAGUGUCCACGAUAGGAGGGACUACGUCUGAACUCGCACCUGCUCUUUUCUCACGCCUUCUCCAUCAUGGAAAAGACAGUAAUUUUUUUAAUAACUUAUUAACAUUUAUCUUUAUGGUUGAGAUGAGGAAAACUCAGGAUUUUUUUCCACAUGUAAUGUAAGCUCUUUUUAACAAAGCUUACACCAAACUUGUUUUUACUUUGUCAAUUUUUUGUGUGUAACUUUGAGCUGUUGGAAGUACUGAGGUUAACAACUAUAUGUUAGUGAUGUGGUGUGCCCUGUAUUUUAUACUUUAUGAAAAUAAUAAGUAUAAUGUGUGAUGCAAAUUUGGAGAAUAGGUGAAUCUGUAUUGUACUUUUUUUUACUGUGUUAUCGGUGUGUCUGUUUUAUAAACAACUUUCAGUUUUUUCAGCCUGUCAUAAAGCCACACAAUGCUGAUUUUUGUUAUCCAUUUUGUAAAUCAAUUCAUCUGAAAUGUUUUGAAGUC